AUGAGCACAGGGGUCGUCGCAAACGGGGAGGCUGAGAAAGCCCGUCCCACACCCACAGACCAAACCGAUGUAGCGACAACUGAGCCGGCAUAUGCGGAUCAGUCGACGCGAUCACUUCCGGCCUCUAAGAUCGUGAUUGUGUUCCUGGCCUGCGCAAGCGUCGACUUCGUCGCGCUCAUCGACCAGACCUCCCUCGCGGCAUCGCUCUCCCUCGUCUCGUCCUCGCUCCAAGCCGGCACUCAGGCAUCCUGGAUCGCAGGCGGGUACUUCAUCACGUCCACCUCGUUCCAACUACUCUACGGCCGCCUCUCCGAUGUCUGGUCCCGGAAAUAUGUGCUCCUCGCGCUCCAGCUCGUUUUCUUCCUGGGCUCGCUGGCCUCCUCGCUCUCGCGGACUGCGAUCCAGCUCAUCGUGUUUCGUGCAAUUGCUGGGGUUGGAGGUGGGGGUUUGAUGACCGUUGCGCAAGUCAUUGUCUCGGACGUCGUGUCUCUCCGGCAGAGGGGGAAAUACCAGGGCAUCUUCGGAGCUGCUGUUGCUCUGGCCAACGGAGUCGGCCCGCUGAUCGGAGGUGCACUUGCGACUACAUCAAGUGAAGGCUGGCGAUGGAUAUUCCGGCUCAACCUGCCGCUCACAGCGCUAUGUGCGCUUGCCGUGGUGUUCGCAAUGCCGCUCAAAAAAGUCACCGGAAGCUGGAAAGACAAGAUCACCAAGGUCGACUUCUUCGGGUGCUUCCUGACCCUUUGCGGGUCCGUCCUCUUCAUGCUUGGCCUCACAUGGGCCGGAGAUGACCACCCCUGGAGCUCGGUCGCUGUGAUACUGCCGAUCGUGCUGGGAUUUUGCACCUCCGCCGCAUUCCUGGCAUGGCAGCAGUACGGGACGAAAUACCCGUUGGUGCCGCUGCACAUUUUCAGGCAGAAGAUGGUCAACGGCGCUUGCAUCACCAUGUUCAUUAAUGGCUGGAACUUCGUCGCCCAGGUGUAUUACAUCCCCACGUUCUACCAGCUGGCGUAUGGCUACUCAACAGUCCGUUCUGCGUCGCUUUUGCUUCCUCUGACCCUGAUGCAAACACUGUCGUCCACCGUCUCCGGUCUCAUAGUCACCUGGCGGGGACGCUAUAGGGAGAGCAUACUGGUCGGGUGGGCGGUCUGGGCCAUCGGCUUGGGUCUGUUCAGCACACUCGAUCAGAACAGUGGGCUUGGCGAACAAAUCGGCUAUGCUAUCCUCACGGGUUUCGGUGUCGGCCAGACUCUGCAGCCUAGUCUGAUAGCUAUUCAGGCUGGGGUUGACAAGCAGAACAUGGCUGUAGUGACAGGGACCCGGAACUUUGUGCGGAACCUUGGCAGCACCAUUGGGCUGGCGGUGACAGGAACCAUCAUCAACAAUGUAGUCAGGUCCGGGCUGGCCUCCGCGGGGCUGGGAAUCUCCGAGGACCAGAUCAGAUCUUUGCUGAGAGAUCCGACAUCUGCAGCUGGUCUUGGUCUGGGAGACGAUGUAAGCCAGGCCAUUCUCGCGGCAUACCACGUCGGCUUCCAGCGAGUGUUCUAUACCAUGGCGGCGCUUGCUGCACUGUCAGGGGUAAUGGCUUUCAUUCUGAUGCCACAAAUCGACUUGGACAAGAAGGAAGAGCAGGAUCAAAAAGCAUGA